AUGGAGACCGCCUCCAAGCCGGCGGCCAGCGCGCCGUCACGCGGGUGGCAGAGCAAGAACGAGUGGGUUGUUCUCGUGGAGAACAUCGCGCAGUCCCGCGCGCGGCUGGCGUCCGGCAUCCAGCUCGCGAUUGAGAAGCAGUGGGGCAACAACUUCGCCGCAAGUCUGCAGGAGUACGCGGCGGCAAAGGAGAAUGAGAUCCGCAACGUCUGCAGCUCCAACUACCAGGAGUUCGUAGACUCCAUCGAGGAAAUCGUCCGCAUGAAGGCGGACGUCUCCAAGUUGCAGAAUGAUAUUCAUCGAUUCCAGAGCGAGCUCGCUGGCGCCACAUCGGAAGUUUUGUCGAUCCACGACUCGCUGGCAACGUGCUACACCGUGCAGAAGCACAUCGACGAGUCCAUCGAGAAGUUGCAGCAAUGCCAGCGGAUUGUGGCAUUAGCAGCAGCUAUUGAAGCCUAUAUUCAGCAAGGCAAGCUGUUUCAUGCACUCAAAAUGCUGGAGGAGCUGCGAGUCGAGAUCGCAGCCUUCCGGGGUCGGCUGUUUCCGCAGCGCAUGAGCGACUGGAUGCACGUUGCCAUACGGACGAUCAAGGAUGAGGCAAAGCGAAGUGCAUCUGUGUGGCUGGAAGAUAUUCGAGCGGCGUCUUCGGCUAUCGGUGAAGCGGCAAUCCAUCGCUUGGAGAAUCAGAUAAGCGAGCAGUACUACGAGCAAGAUAUCCUCGAGAAGUGCGGCCAUGCGCCUCCUGGAGCUGUGCUGGGGAGAUCCCCCAGCAGCGGAAACGUUCCUAUCAGCCCCCGAGCAUCGCUGAGUCCAACAAGUUCUGGGAGGUCGCUAGUGGGCGAAGACACUUUCAAGUUACCCUCGAUCAGGCUGUCGCCAAUGCUGAGGAUCCUGCACGUGUUUCGCGUGAUGAGCCAAGUCCCUGAGCUUGCCGCGUUCUACAACGCGAAUCGCUUGCCGCAACUCCAGCUGACGUCGUUUCUAAGGGGUGCAGUGACAACGAUCACACCGGAAAAGUUCGUAGCCCAGCACGAAGAGCUUUUCAAGAAGUUCACGGGGGCAUUUUGUCUUGAGCAUUUGCUCUGGCGCUACUCUGAUGCAGCCUUGCUGUCCAAGAAGGAGAUCAAUGGGAUAUUCCAUCUUGUAGUGCAGAGUUUGUGCGGCAUUGUGUCCACCUCUGUACUGAGCAUCAACGUGCCGGCCACGAUUCUCGAUAUUAAGCUCAAGGCGAUCGUGUGCGCGCGAACGUUGAGUGAUGAAGUGCACGAGUAUAAUUCUACACUCAUGUUCGACACUUUCCGCCGCCUCGGGACCCAUUUUCGAGGUACGAUCAUGGCUGACACCAAGAGGUACCUUCGCGAGUUCAUGUCAAAGGAUACGUUCGAGCGUGUUAACGUUUCUUCCGAAAAGCUUCGGGCGACCCUCCAGUGCUGCGGGCUGGAAAAUGAAGAAGGCCGUAUGCUAAAGAAUGUGGAUCUGGGAGCGAAUCCGGUGGUGCUCCCGUUUACAGACGUCGUCGUGAAGAGCUGCACGUGCAUCGAUGCUUUGGUGCAGAUGAUGUUCGACUACGAACGGUACUUAAACAUCGAUGACUGGGGUGAAUGGGUCCGCAACGACACCAUUGAGGCUCUUGGAUUCCUCAACGAUACUGUCAACGAAGUCAUCGACCAGCACACGGACCUCCAAGUGUCGACGGCUGUUAUGAUGGGCACAAACGCGUCGUUUUUGGCUUGCGCGUGCGACCGAUUCGAAGAGCUUGUCAAGGUUCAAACUGAAGCGUGGGAAGCGCGGACGUAUGGUUACAGUGUCAGCAACACGCUUCGAGGAGCCAAUACGCAGCUGGUGAAGCCUUGCUCCAGUCGUCUGCUACUGAGCAAGGCUGCAGCGAAGAAGAAAUUCGACAGUACGACAACUAGAGCCCAAGACAUGGUUUGUGAGCUGAUGUUGAAGAAGAUUGAUGAGCUCCUUUCGAGCUUCUACUACCUUAACUGGACUCCGAGCGCUGUCCUAACGCAGCCAGACCCUUCCAUGUGGGACCUCAUCAACUACCUCAAAGUCACAUUCACGCAGUUGGAGCAGCUACCUCCAGCCGUCCAAGAAGCAGUGCACUUCGCCUCCUGUAGCUACCUGGCCAAGUCGCUGGAGCAGAUUUUGAGUGGCCCCACGGUGAAGAAGCUGAACAUGGAGGGCAUCGCCAACUUUAAGCGCAACCUGGACGUUCUGCUGGAUUUCAUCGAGUCGGUCCCAAUUGCUCAACUGAAGGACUGCUUUGUUCCAGUCACGCACCUGGUUGAUCUCUUCGUUUCGGGGGCGGUUGAAGCGUUUCUGGAUCCACAACAACGCGAGACGCGAGGCAAGUAUUCUCACUUGUCCGCCGACACGGUGUCGGCUGUGCUGGCAAAGAUGAAGGAUGGGAAGAGCUCGUCAAAGGCCUGGAGCGCUAAGUUCGUCCACGCUCCCAGGAAGAGCCUGUUCGGCGCCAAAAGUACCCGGAAGUAA